AUGGAGGCCUCAGCGAGCUCCUCUCCUGAUGCAGUCGACAUGCUGCCAGCCGCUCUCUGGCUGCGAAUCUUCCACCAUCUGCACCUGCCGCCCUCCCACCCAGACCAUCCUGCGAUCUGCGGCCAAAGGCACACUCCCCGCGGUCUCGCGACGCCUAUCAUAGAGCGGACAGGUGCCCGUGAUCAGGAGCUGUUUAGCAUCUAUGCGCCCCCUGGCUGUGAGCAGUCGGGCGACCCUGCUGGGGUGAGUUUUGAGGCGCCUAUCAUAGAGAGGACGGGUGCCCGUGGUCUUGAGCGGUUCAGCAUCUAUAUGUCCCCGUCUUCUGGCAGUGAGCUGUCAGGCGGCCCUGCUGGCAGCACGCAGAGCGGAGGAAGCAGCGACCAGCUCACUGCCCAUUUCACCGAGUUUUUCCCAGUGGAUUGCGAGCCACUGGGGUUACGUGACGACGGCCUCACUGCCACUGAGCAGUGGGCCGACCCUGCUGGCAGCACGCGGAGUGAAAUCAGCGGCCAUCUCACCGGGUUCGAUAUUGAUUGCGAGAUACUGGAUUCCCGGUGCGAGGGUGGCAGUGAGGAGGGCGGAUCUGAGGAGGGCGGAUCUGAGGAGGGCGGAUCUGAGGAGGGCGGAUCUGAGGAGGGCGGCACUGGGGAGGGCGGCACUGGGGAGAGCCCGACUGCCCGCGAGCAGUACGAGAAGAACUCCCACACCUUUGGUGCCUCGUGGCCUCUGCUCUGCUGUGCUCUCGCCAGCAAGAGGCUUCUCUAUCUCGUCAUCGCCUUCUCUGUAAGCGCUCGUGCUCGCUACUUGUACAACGCCCAGCGCCCACAGUGGAUGCGGACCAUCCGCUUCUUCCUUGCCCACCCAGGCCUGCACUCCCUUCACCUCCGCUUCUCCAAUCCCGAGCAUCUCCCCACUCUCGGCGCCUGCAUCGCUCGCAGCAGCCCCUCCCUCUCGUCCCUCCGCCUGGAGCUGCAAGGCACGGUUGACUUCAAGGAGCAGCAGAACGAGCACUGGACGCUGGGAUUUCUCAGGCCUUGCGGCCAGCUGCAGGAGUUGAAUCUGGGUCUGACCUUGGAGCGGGUGGCGUUCAAGAAUGUGAGCUUCCAGUUUUUGGACUCCAUCUCGCCGCAGCUGCACGAGUUUACACUCUACGAGGAGAGCGACCUGAUUUUUGGCCCCCGCCUUGCCUCCCACACACUCGCCCUCUCCUUCCGCUUCCGCUUUGCCAACAGCAAGCUCAAGCUCACCCUCACCGUCUCGCCUGCUCUAAAGACUCUGUCAGUGAUGGCCAAACAGCUUAGCCUCAACUGCAAGAGCACCGCCCCUCUCGCUCUCCACCACCUCUCGCUGUACGGCCAGGAGCAGCUUGUUAUCUCCUCCCUCCCCCUCGCAUCCGCCAGGGUUGCCUACUUGGACGGACCUGCAAGUGACCAAGAGGGUUUUACCAGGGCUGCUUAUUUGGAUGGGCCCAACAGUGACUCUGAGAACAGCUUUUGGACGGAAUGGCUUGGCGCUAUAGCGCCUACAGUGGAGGUGCUUAUAGUGAGGCACGGGGUGCCUAUAGAGAAGGUGGAUGCAGAGUGGACGAGGCUGCACAGCCUUGGGAUUGUCGUGCACACCAAGGGGACGCAUGUUUGGGACAGGGAGGCCACUGUGGAUAACUAUAGGUUCCUUACGGACGAUGUGAUUGGUGGAUAUUGCGACGAUGAAGAGGAUGAGGAGGAGGAUGACCAUGAUUGGGACACUCGUGAUGCUGACGAGGAGGAUGAGUGGUAUCAGCAGGCACGAGCACGUUAUGGUGCCCCCACCGGAAGCAGGCACAAGAUUCUGCAGGAGGCGAAGGCCUGUGCCAAGCCUUCGUCCAUCGGUGCUCCGAAUCUUCGGUUCCUGUUCUUCCCAUCCAGCAAGGCGAGUGACGCCGCCACACUGGCUGCACUGCGGCAGGACUACCCCGCCCUGGCGCUCUACUGUGUGGUGGACCGCUCCUUCUACUGGCACAGGAAAGGGGUGCCUGUGAGCAAUGCGCCGCUCGAGCAUGUGCAACGGACCAAGAGUGGGGUGGUGAUGACUACCGGUCGUGGCGAGAAGCGUGCAAAGAAUGUGAGGGAGAAGAUGCAUAGUGUGAACUUGACACUGGUGGAGGGGUACUGUGCUGAGGAGGAUGAGAUGUAUGCACUCACAUUGAAGGAACCCAACAACCCCCCUGAUGCAGUCGGCAUGCUGCCAGCGCCUAUCUGGUUUCGAAUCUUCCGCCUUCUGCAUCAACCGCCCUCCCAACCGGACGACCCUGCUGUCCUCGCCCAUAGGGAAGCCCCUGAGGAUCCUGCUGCGAAGGCAGCGCGAUUGGCUGCCCGUGAGGCUGAAUGGAUCCGCACUCCUGGGUUCACUGCCUGGCAACCGUGGGGCCACCCUGCAAGCAGCGCCGGGCUCACUGCCUGGGGCCAGCUGGGCCAGCCUGCAAGCAGCGCAGGGCUUACAUCCCAGCUGGGCCAGCUGAGCCGCCCUGCAAACAUCACAGGGCUUACUUCCCAGCCGAGCCAACCUGCAUGCAGCACAGGGGUCACUGCCCAGCUGGGCCUCCCUGCAAACAGCACAGGGAUCACUGCCCAGCUGGGCCUCCCUGCAAACAGCACAGGGAUCACUGCCCAGCUGGGCCUCCCUGCAAGCAGCACAGGGCUCACUGCCCAGCUGGGCCUCCCUGCAAACAGCACAGGGCUCACUGCCCAGCUGGGCCUCCCUGCAAACAGCACAGGGCUCACUGCCUGGGGCCAGGUGGGCCACCCUGCAAGCAGCGCAGUGCGCGCUCUCCAAAUGUUUUACGCUGAAUUUGGCUUGCCGGGCCACUCUGGAAGCAGCGCAGGGCUCACUGCCUGGGACUGGCAGGGCGACCCUGCAAGGAGCACGCAGAGGGGAACCGGAACCCGUGACCAUCUCAUCAACACCAGGGUUGAUCGCAAGCCACCAGUUGUGUUCUUGAAAGAGGGCCUCACUGCCAGUGAGCAGCAUGAGAAGAAUUCUUCCACCUAUGGCGCAUCAUGGGCUCUGCUCUGCUGCGCCCUCGCCAGCAAGAGGCUUUUCAAACUUGUCGUGUGUCAUGAAGCCAGCUUUCACACCUCAGCUGCCUCAAAUCUCCCAUUCUUCCACGUUUUCCCACCCCACGCACUUACAAUAGCGGCAUGGCUCAAGCCGAUUUGCAAGCUGACCCUGGAGCAUGCGGAUUUCGAGAGCUUGAGCUUCCAGUUUCUCGGGACCAUCACGCCACAGCUGCACGAGUUUACGCUCUACGAGGACGGCAACAUCUCUCGCCUCCGUGACGCCGUAGGAGGUUCCACCUUGCCCCCCAUCAGCCUCGCCUUCUCCUUCUCCAACGCCCGCCUCCUCCGCUUCUGCUUUGCCAAGACUGAGCUACAGCUCACCCUCACCGUGUCGCCCUCGCUCGAGAGCCUAUCAGUGAUGGCCAAGUGGCUCGUGCUCUCCUGCAAGAGCACCGCCCCUCUCGCUCUCCACCACCUCUCGCUGUACGGCCAGGAGCGCCUCGUCAUCUCCUCCCUCCGCCUCGCAUCCGCCAGGGUUGCCUACUUGGACGGUCCUGGCAAGGAUCAAGAUGCCAUUAAAGCCAGGAUGAGGGCUCGGCGGCGGAUGAAGAAGGCCUUCCCCAAGCCUCCGCCCAUCUGCGCUCCGAAUCUGCGGUUCCUCUUCUUCCCCACCCGCAAGGCGUGUAAUGCGCCUGCACUGGCUGCACUGCGGCAGGACUACCCCGCCCUGGCGCUCUACUGUGUGGUGGACCGCUCCUUCUACUGGCACAGGAAAGGCAAGACAGUGAGCAAUGGGCCGCUCGAGCAUGUGAGGAGCGAGAAGAGUGGGGUGUGGGAUGAAGAAGAGGGGAAGCGGGCCAAGAAUGUGAGGGAGAAGAUGCACAGUGUGAAAAGGAAGCUGGUGGAGGGGUACUGUGCUGGGGAGGACCAGAUGUACGUGGUGCAGUACCAGUAG